AGCUCAGAGCCCCAAACAUGUCGAUUAGGUCGCUACCCAUCUGCCCUCCAUUUUUCUUCCAAAUCUGCAUCAUCUUCUGUGUUUAUACAUUUUGUUUUUCGUUGUUUGGGGUAUUCGAGAACUGUUGUUUACUCAGUUUUAUUGCGCAAUCAAAGCUCGUCGGCAAGCGAAAUCGGAACAAGCUCUAGCUGCGCAGUCCUCAACUUCUCCAGAAGUAGAAAUUCAAGCAUAAGGUUGUGUAUGGGUAGCGGCAAUGGAGGAUUCGGACAAAAUCCAAAUGGGGUUGGUGACAGAGACGGCGUCAUCAUCGUCGACCAUGGUUCGCGCCGCAAGGAAUCAAAUCUCAUGCUAAAUGCGUUCGUGUCCAUGUUUAAAGAGAGAACUGGGUACCUUAUAGUGGAGCCUGCUCAUAUGGAGUUGGUGGAACCAUCAAUUCAUGUUGCAUUCAAUUCCUGUGUUCUACAAGGGGCCAAUCGGGUAAUUGUGAGCCCAUUUUUCCUCUUACCUGGAAGACAUUGGAACCAGGAUAUUCCAUCCCUGACAGCUGAAGCUGCAAAGGAGCAUCCUGGUGUCUCAUAUAUAGUAACGGCACCUCUUGGCCUCCAUCCGCUACUCGUGGAUGUUUUGAAUGAUAGGAUCAAUCACUGCUUAAGCCAUAUUGCUGGAGAUGCAGAGGAGUGCUCUGUUUGUGUUGGAACAAACAAAUGCCAGCUCCAUUGAUUCAUGCAAGUGCACAGCAAACAGUACGGCGGAAUUAAGGGUGCAUGUCAGCUUGAAAAUCAGGAGAUUCUGUAACUUGGUUAAACCAUAUAAAGCUUCGAAGCAAGCAAUUGUUGUGGUUGAAAUUUUGAGGGCAUGGUAUUUGCUUUGGAGGACGAGGGUUCAUUUGUGUAACCAACCUGAAACAGUUGGGACGAGGCUUUCUACCUGUACGUCAAGGCAUUUCUCCUCUACUUUAUCCAUGGGCCAUGUAACCUCAUAUUGAUCAAGGGAUGGUAAGUUUAGUUGAUUGAGAGAAGAACAUCUUCUGUUAUUUGCUAAAAAAUAAAAAUGAAAGCGAAUGUAUAUAUAUUUAUAUUUAAUUGUCAGGUGAACAUUGUACGUACACAAUACAUUUCUUUUCUUGAUGCUCGUCUUGUGUUGGUGAUCGAAAUUCUCAUUGUA